CGGGCGGCGGAGCGGCGGGAUGCGGCGGUGCCGGGCGGCGGCGCUGGCGGGGCUGGCCGCGGUGCUCCUGGCUGCUGUGGGGAGAGCCCAGGUGCAGCAGGACCCGUGGGCAGAGACCACCGAGGGCACCGGCAUCAGCAUCAACUGCUCACACCCCAACCUAGGGCGUUACGAGUUCAUCCAUUGGUACCGUCAGGUCCCGGGCCGAGGCCCCGCAUUCCUCGUGAGCGCUCUUCAAGGCUCCAAAGCGCUGCUGGACCCGCCGGGGCGGCUCUCGGUGGCGGCAGAUCGCCGGUCCAACGUGCUGUGGCUCUCUGGGCCCCGGCUCCGGGACGCGGCGGUGUACUACUGCGCCCAGCAAGCACGGAGAGAGGAGCCGGGUGUGGGCUUACAUAAGCUCGUGUUUGGAAGUGGUACCACGCUCACGGUUGAACCAAACAUCCAAAAAAGUUCUGUCCCACAAGUCAUUUUGAUGAAAUCAAAGAAACUGAAAGAUGACAGCACUGGGAAAGCAGCUUGUUUGGCAAGGAAUGUCUAUACGAAGAACAUCAUCUUGGACAUGUCCUCUAACGAAGUCGCAUAUGAACCGAGUGCACCCAUUUUGACAUCAGAGGGGUUGUACAAUACUGUUAAGGUGGUGAGCGUGACAAAAGGCACAGAGGUGAACUGCACGGCAAAUUUCAACGGCAGCUCCAUCACAGCCAGCGCAAGCUUGGCAGAAGAGAACGCUGAAGAGCCAGAAAUGGGGAAGGUUUGCAACACCACAGACACCUCUGCACGAGCAGGUACCAAAGUGGAAAAAGUGAACACGCUCUCUAUGGCUGUAUUGGGUAUAAGAGUCCUGCUGGCAAAAAGCAUCGCCUUCAAUACACUCAUGAGUAUCAAGCUGUUUCUUUUCUGAGACAGUGAAGAAGCAAGGCAACAGGAACCUGAAAACAAGCAGGAGGGAGAGUGUAUCAGCAACACAAUGGGAUGAACAGCCACUGUCAAAUCUGCUGACUAUAACCAUCCAGAACACAAUACAGCACCUUCCCCUUAAGACAUUUUAUACUGGUGAAUCCUGCCUAGCUGAAUUAGUUUUAAGAGUUGUAACCACCUUUGCUGUUUCUUUUCUCUCUGUGCCUGAGGAGAGCGUAUUUUUCCUCAUUCUUUCGCUAAGUAGAAUUUGAUCUCCCCUUUGAAUAGCUUUUGAUUCAAAGCAUCUCACCUACUUCAAUAGCUUUGAAAAAUCCAGUCCUCAUUAUAGACAUAUAUAGACUUGUAAAACACCUUUUACAGGCAUAUUGUGUUACUGUCUGUGAGCUGAUGUAUUGCUGUUGAGAGAGUUCAGGCACAAUAGAUGCUAUUUGCAGCUUUAAUGUUUCUUAGAUAGCUUUAAUAACAAUAAUUUUCUAGUGUAGAAGAGAAGACCUGGCUUGGAUCUGAAGUGAUUCACUUCAACCAGAUAAUGUUCAACCAUAGAAGCAUUUCUUUAUUAAACCUGUAUUUCUUCUGCAAAGUGUAUGGCACGUGCAUUUUAGGUUCCUGUGGUAGUGACCAAAAUAAAGCUUUACUAUGCCAAAA